AUUUCAAGGAGAUACUACAUUGUUUGGAGGUGCAUAGCUCAAGGAUUGCCACCCAUUAAAAGACUGUGGGACAUAAAAAAGCGACAAAAGAGUGUGCUAAAACUUGCCCGAAUUCUACGUAUAGCAGACGAUACAUGGAUGCGCAAAGACGACCUUGAGAAGAAACCUAAGGAUGUCGCUAAGUGUUCAUUUUCUGAGCCUCCAAUAAUUUCAGCCGCAAGAAAUGGGAUCAUAGAGAUUGUAAACCUCAUUCUUGAAGUGUAUCCUCAGGCAACUGAGGUCAUAAAUGACCGACUGGAGAACAUAUUUCAUAUUGCAGCAAGAUGUCGAAGGAAAGAAAUCUUGGAUCGUCUCCAACGUUUGCCUCCUCCGUUAUUAAGGAUUGGGAGGAAGAUCAACAUAGAUGAAGACAGCAUUUUGCAUCAAGCUGCGUACCAGGAUAAGCAUCCGCUGAGGGACAGGCCUGGGGAAGCCCUUCACAUGCAGUCAGAGAUACAAUGGUUUAAGCGAGUACAGAAACUUGUGCCUCCAUAUUUAUUCCACCACAAAAACAAGAAUAAUCAAACUGCUGAAGAAUUGUUUACCAUCCAACAUAAGGAACUGGUGGAGAAAGGGCAAGCAUGGCUAAUGCGAACAACAAAGGCAUGCACUAUAGUCGCUGUCCUAAUAGCCACCGUUGCUUUUACUUGUGCCUACACCACCCCUGGUGGUACCAACUCAGAAACAGGUCAUCCCUUGCUCCUCGAGGAAACCGCAUUUCGCACUUUCAUAAUCUCAGACACCAUAUCGCUCUGCUUCUCACUCACUUCUGUGGUAGUGUUCCUCUCCAUUAUGACAUCGAGAAUGCAAGCAAAAGAUUUCAGGAGGUCUCUUCCCUUGAAGCUAGUGCUGGGCCUAACUACAUUGUUCUUUGCCGUGGCGGCUAUGAUGGUUGCUUUUGCUGCUACACUCGUGCUUCUCAUACGCCAGAGGCUACAUUGGGCUGCAGUUCCAAUUUACACAAUCGCUUGUUGGCCAGUCACUAUUUUUCUUGUGCUUCAGUUCGGGCUCUAUCUCAAUAUUGCUUGGUUUACCGUGAGUGAUCUCCUGCACAGUUUCAUUGACUCAGGUUUUUUAGGCAUAUUUGAGCAUUAAUAGCACUAAGGUUCAGCUAUGCCUACG